UAUAAACAUUUUGAUAAAUUUUGCUCUUGUAUUUGCAGUUAUAUUAUUGUGGAGGUUAAUUGGGGUUAAUUCAGAUGUAAUGUAGGCAAAGAACUUAGAAAAAUUUAAAAUAUAGGAUUGUCUUAAUUUAUGUAACUUUGUUGGUCACUCAUGUAAUUUUGUUGUGUAAAUAACUUAAACAAUUAAAAUGUACAAGUUUAAAGUUUAGUUUCUAACAGAGACUAAAACUGUUUGUACAAUGUUGAUAAACACUUCAAAUGUAAUGGUUGGUCAUGCAAGGGAGGGCUAUGGGGGGAGGCUGUGACAUAUAAGACCACAGCAGCCAGUAGAGUUUUCCUUCAAGUUCAGGUCAGCAAGCUGGUCAGGUGAAUUCAUUUACACUUUCAAUACAUGCUACUCUUCAGACUGAAGAAUGAGGGAAUACAGCUUGAGCAACAUUACAGACAUUAUGUUUAAAAACUCUUCUGAUGGUGAACAGCAAACAAAUGCUGAAUCGGAAAACAGUCACGGCAGUCCUGUUGAUGCAGAUGAGAACACUGACAGAGGGAAUUGGAGCAGUAAAAGAGAAUACCUCCUGUCUAUGAUUGGAUAUGCAGUAGGUCUUGGCAAUGUAUGGAGAUUUCCCUACUUGGCAUACAAACAUGGAGGAGGGGCUUUUCUCAUCCCUUACACUAUCAUGUUGGCUGUUGCUGGCAUUCCUCUGUUCUUCAUGGAAAGCUCACUUGGACAGUUCUGCAGUCAAGGACCUAUUAAUGUAUGGAAAGCUGUGCCUAUAUUACAAGGUGUUGGUAUCGCAAUGAUGGUGGUCACCACUUAUUUGGCAAUCUACUAUAAUGUCAUUAUUGCAUACAGUAUUUACUACCUUUUUGCAUCUUUUCAAAAUCCUCUUCCCUGGAGUGGUUCUUCCAACAUGAGCUGCAAUGGAACGGAAAUAGGAUGUUGUAAUACAACUGCUCACGACAGCAUUGUUUCACUGAAUAUGACUGCUGAAAAUCAAACAUGCCAGGGUGGCUUUUUGCCAGGACAGAGCCCAAGUGAGAAAUAUUGGGAUGAAGUUGCUCUUCGACGCACAAGCAGUAUGGAUGAGACGGGUCCCGUGGUCUGGCACCUGGCCCUUUGUCUCCUGCUUGCAUGGAUAUUGGUCGGCGCAGCUCUUUUCAAAGGCAUCAAGUCCUCUGGGAAGGUGGUGUAUUUUACAGCUACAUUCCCUUACAUAGUCCUUUUCAUUCUGCUCAUUCGUGGUGUAACUCUGGAGGGAGCGAGAGAUGGAAUCGAGUAUUACAUUGGUUCCUAUUCCAACCUCACUAAACUGGCCGAGGCUGAGGUUUGGAAAGACGCAGCUACUCAGAUAUUCUUUUCUCUCUCUAUUGCCUCGGGCGGUUUGAUGACUCUAUCAUCGUACAAUAAAUUUUACAACAACUGCUACAAGGACUCUAUAACAGUGUGUGUUGUAAAUUGUAGCACAAGUGUCUUUGCUGGAUUCGUAAUCUUCUCCAUCCUUGGACACAUGGCAAACAUCUAUAAGAGACCAGUGUCAGAAGUGGCAGCUGCUGGCUUCGGAUUGGCUUUCAUUGCAUAUCCUGAUGCUCUCUCAAAGCUGCCUAUAUCACCCCUGUGGUCAAUCCUUUUCUUCUUUAUGCUUAUAACUCUUGGCUUGGACUCUCAAUUUGCAUCUAUAGAGGUUAUCACCACCUGCCUCCAGGAUGCCUAUCCCAAAGUCCUCAAGUCCAGACGGGGUCUCAUUACCACAACAGUCUGCAUUCUUCUCUUUCUGCUCGGCCUACCGUGCGUCACUGGAGCAGGAAUAUACUGGGUAAAUUUAAUAGACACAGUUUGCGCUGGAUGGAUUCUCCUGGUAGCAGGGUUGCUGGAGAUCGUAGGUUUAUCCUUUUUAUAUGGCACCAAUCGAUACAUUAAGGACAUUGAGAUGAUGAUUGGGACAAGGAGCGCCCUCUUCUGGUUUUGGUGGAGAGCUUGCUGGUUUUUUAUCACCCCAGUGGUUUUAACUAUUAUUCUUGGAUGGUCUCUAUAUACUUUUACGCCCCCCACAUAUGGCACAGUUACAUAUCCACAAUGGGGCAUUUCACUGGGCUGGUGCAUGACAGCAUUUAGCCUCAUAUGGAUCCCCAUAGUGGCUGUCUGGAAAGUGUAUAAAGCUAGCGGACACCCCUGGCAGCGUGUCAAAUCAGCCUGCUCACCCACAGAAGAUUGGGGUCCAUACUUGGAGCAUCACAGAGGGGAGCACUAUGGUGCAAAGGACGUGCCUGAUGCAAACAUAUUUGUGAUUUCAAAUAAUUGUGAUACUAAGUUAUAAAAACAUUUAAGCAAGUUAUACUUUCAAAAUGGAUUAUAUAGAAAUAAUAUAGAACUUUUAG